AUGGAGUUGUCAGAAAACGCAACUUUGCUUGCCAAGGGGGCAGGUGGUAACCUCGCUUCGAACGGCGUCGUCCUUGUCUCCAACCUACAGCUGGCAUCACUGGUGGUCUGUUUGGGAGUAGCUCUUCUCGCGAGCCAUCGUCUUGAUUUGGGCGUUGAGUGGAAACUCGCUGUCGCCGCGGGGCGAUGUCUAGUCCAGCUGUCCGCCCUAGGGUUGGUUCUGGUCCCGAUCAUCAUGUACAACUACCCUCCCGUAGUCUUGGCCUAUAUAACACUCAUGAUGCUCGUCGCGGCUGUGGAGGCAUCCGCUCGCCCGCCGUACGUGUUUGACGCCAUGGUAGUCGUUUGCUUCAUAUCUAUCACGGCUACGGUCGCAAUGUUUGGCCUCUUCACGUUUACCGUAGUGCUAGGGACCGGGCUUGAUGCGCAGUAUUGCAUUCCAAUCAUUGGUAUGAUUACCGGGCAGUCCAUGUCGUCUCUGAGCGUCGCACUGUCCAACAUAGUUACUGAGUUUGCCGAACGUAAGAGUAAUAUUGAGAAUCUACUUGCGCUUGGAGCAAGCAAAUGGGAGGCCUCGUACGAUGUAAUGAGGUCAAGUGUCCUUUUAGGUCUCACUCCAACUCUGAAUACCAUGAGUGUUACGGGCCUUGUAAGCAUUCCAGGUAAGUAGUAUCGAUGACUUCAUCCAACCACGCCUUCAUCGUUCAUGCUGGAGCAGUCGGUGUAUCCAAGGUGUCAUUUUUCAAAAUGUCAGUUUCUAACUUCCUAUGCGCAUCAUUGCUUGUGUCGAGUCCUGCCCAUUCAGGAAUGAUGACCGGACAGGUAAGUUUGCCUCACAUGCCUCGUCUCACAUGUUAACGACACUUUUAUCGCACUCAUGGCCGUCGCAUAUUCUCAUGUCCAGUGUUUCCUAUGAACAUGCCUUCUAGGGCUAGUCGAGGAUCUAGGCUAACUAACGCAUCCAAUGACCUCGAACAAAACAAAAAUAAUAACAUCGCACUACUUGCAACUACUCGAAUGUGUGACGCCAGAUCAUCGGAGGUACACCCCCCAGCCUAGCGGCAAAGUACCAAUUGGUGAUCAUGUAUGUUGCUUCAGGAACAGCGACGAUAUCUACAUUGACGGCUUCCGUCUUAACUGUUUAUACUCUCAUAGAUUCACAAAACAGAGUGAGGGGUGAGAAAUUAUAUCCCAGAGCGAAAGUCAAUCGGCUCGAAUCUAUCAUUACCACCGCUCGGUAUUUAGCAUCUUUCUUCACGAAUUGGCGAGCGACAGUUCGACGACAAUCUGGCCCAUUUCCGCCGUAUGUUCAUGACCCCAUCCCGGCAACUCAGAUUUCUAUUGCCGCGGAGAGCGAAGUGAUCACAGGUCUCAAGACUCCGGGAGAGGGUACGAAAUACGGAUCAAUGUCUUCACAGAAGCGCGAUGAGGGGAAUGGAUAAAUACAUCGAGAUUAUCGUGAAAUGCAACAUUGCAGGUACGACUGAACACUUCAGGUCUGAUACCCUCGUCCACGCGACUAUGCAAACCAAUCGUAGUAAAGAUUCCUAAAGCUGAAAAUCAGCCGUAAUCAGCGGGUUGUACGGAGCCCUGACGAGUCUUGAUGAAUCGUAUGAAACUUAAAUAAACUCGGGACGAGCAAACUCUUGAGCCCAAGUCUUGAA